GUUGCUCUAUUUCGGCUCUAGGCGCACUCUCGCAGCCGGCACCGCCGUGAGAUACACUCGCGCGAAUCUCCGCGACCGUUCGUUCGAUCUAUUGGCAGAGGGCAAGAGAGAGAGAGAGAAAGAGGAGAGAAAGGAGAAAGAGAGAACUGGCACUCGGUGGAGAACUCAUCUGUGCGCGUUUACCACACUGUUCUCCACUGUCGUCCGCGUCGCCCUCGGGGAGUCGUCGCGCGCGGGAUGUCCGAUUGACUUCCGCAGUGGAAACGGAUAUCGCGCGUCGGACGCGCGCAAGUGGAGGAGGACCUGCCUUGCGUACGAGUGGUGAACGGAAAUCGCGCGUAUACACCCGUGUAAUACCCUCCACGCGCGCCUUUCGCUUUCUACGAGUGAUUCUGUGAUUCGUGAUAGAGACCUCGGGGUGAUCCUCGCUCAGAAAGCUGCUCUCGACCGGACGUUGGCGAGGGGUUGAAGACGAUCGUCGGGUAGAAUGGCCGGCACGAGGAUGGAUCGGAAGAUGACUCUAUACAUCUGCGUCUGGAUGCUGACGGUGGUCACGCUGAGGUGUCAGGCGACCAGCCACGAGAACGCGGAGGCCGAGGGAAAUUCCGAGGAUUCUGUUAUCGACGACACCACCGAGGAUUAUUGGGCGGGCAGCGGAUCGGGGCCCGACGAGGACGAGUCCUCCUCUCACAACGAAACCAGAGAAGCGUUAACUCACGAGGCCAGCGACCACGAUGCUGUCGUGUACGUUGGCGACGGCGCCGCUUACGUGCCAGUGCCGUCGUUGAAGAAUCGGCCGUUGAAUCCGAAUCUUCAGGCUCUGCAGACUCUCCAGGGCUUGCAGGGCCUCGCUGGGAACGGAGGUACAGGCGUGGUCGGCGACGACGAUUGGAGGAGACAUCCGGAAACCUGGGACCGCGAGCACCGAAGGUACCGGCCCAACACGACGAGAGUGCAACACAUCGAGGCGGAGUGUCAAGAUGACUACAUGAAAAUCAGGAUCGGAUUCAACGGAUCCUUCACCGGCCUCUUGUAUUCAGCAGGCUACUCGUACGAUCCCGAUUGCAUGUACGUUAAUGGGACCGGCCGCGACUACUACGAGUUCUACAUUCAGCUGAAUCGGUGCGGCACCCUCGGCGAGAACACUCAUCAUCAGGACAGCAGGAAGAAUCCGACGAAAAAUCUCAUGUGGAACACGGUCACGGUGCAGUACAAUCCGCUGAUAGAGGAGGAAUUCGACGAGCACUUCAAGGUGACCUGCGAGUACGGCUACGACUUUUGGAAGACGGUGACGUUUCCCUUUCUCGAUGUCGAGGUCGCGACGGGAAAUCCCGUAGUCUUCACCCUGCAGCCUCCGGAGUGCUACAUGGAAAUCAGAUACGGUUACGGGACCACUGGAACUAGAGUGGCUGGACCAGUUCGCGUCGGCGAUCCCCUGACUCUCAUUAUCUACAUGCGCAGCAAAUACGACGGCUUUGACAUCGUCGUAAAUGACUGCUACGCUCAUAAUGGCGGGAACAAAAGGAUUCAACUGAUCGAUCAAUACGGGUGUCCGGUGGAUGACAAACUUAUCAGCCGGUUUCGUGGUUCCUGGUCGGAGAGUGGCCUGUUCGAGACGCAAGUUUUUGCUUAUAUGAAGACCUUCAGGUUCACGGGAUCGCCGGCUCUGUAUAUCGAAUGCGAUGUUCGCAUGUGCCACGGAAGAUGUCCGAGCCAACCUUGCCACUGGAGAAACGCGAAGAAUGUGGUGAAGCGAUCGGCACCGGAAAUAGGUGGACUGUCGACGCCGGCAACUAGUUUGUCGGAGAACGUGAACCUCUUCCAGUCUCUUCGCGUUCUUCAGGAAGGCGAGGCGGACACGGAACUGUUCCAGAAUUCCACCAGCUUCUCUCGCAGCGGAUUUAGCGAGCCUACGACUGACAGGGUAUGUUUGAGAUCGACAGUGGCCAGUACAAUAGUGGGUCUCAGCUGUGGCUUCUUCUGCAUCAUGGCCGGCACGAUACUAGCCAUGUGUUCGCGAAUGCGACGGCAAGCGAGAGAAAAACUAUUGUCGGAUAGUAUAAGCUACAUGACGCACAAAGGCCGGAUCAACUAGGGUAACAUUUCUAGCAUGCGGAGGCCUCUUCUCGCUUCAUCCCAAUCAGAUCGCGAUGUAUGUAUGUACAUACUCGCAUCUUUUCGCAUGGAGCCCGCCAAGGAAUUGCUCCGCCGAUAAUGUAAGAAUGCGUCGUUAAGAUAGGAAAUGGUCGAUAUAAAUGACUGAACUUCGAGCCACUGGUAAGUCGACAUUGGCUGAUAAAUGAUGCAAUUAAAACGCGAUAACAAUUAAGUUGACUAUCUUUACGAAUCGGAAGAAUAUCGGAUUUGUAAAAAUUUUAGAAGAGUUUUUUUUUAUGUACUUUACUCCGCUCUUUAUUAACUUCUUAAGGUAAGCGUGGGAUUGACACAGUGCGAAGUGCCUUACGUAUUUUGAUAGUCGUCGAUAAUUCAGGCUCCCAUGGAUAUAAUAGGUCUCAUCGAUCCUUUGUGUGCGAAUGCUUUUUUACAUAUAAAUAAUUAUUCGCUGCUAUACUCUCGCUUCUCUUACUUACCGAAGUGUUAAUCGAUACUCAUUCGUCAAUUAAUCGAUGUAAUACAUACAUCGAGUGAGGUAUCUGUAGCGAGUUAUCGCUCAUCGAUAAACAGAGAUAGAAGUCGUCGAUAUUGCCACGAUCUCGGUGCCGGAUGUGCGGUCAACGGAAUAAGACUUCGACUUUUACCGCGUCGAUUGGUAACCCAGCGAGAAAUGACCCGUCGAUCGAUGUCGAAUCGACACCGUGAAAUUGAUGUCGAAUCGACAUCGUUUCGACGAAUCAUUUCUCACUGGGAAUUUAACACAGUUUUACUUGCGAUCGACAUGGUGAGUCUUCUUUCUUUUCUUUUUUAUUGCUUACUUCGAUCUCGCAUACGGCACGUUUAGAGAUCAAAACGAACGUAACGUCAGUAACGACGCUUAAUUGCCGUUGAUAAGAUUCAGUACUUAUACAUAUGUGUCUUUAUCUAUGACAUUACUCGCCAUAUUCAGGAACGUGAACAUAAUUUUUUUGCUAUUUGCAAUUCGCUUAAACGAUUAAUAUAAGAAAUUAACUAACAGAAAUUAACAGGAGGAAUAUCUAACAGUUAACUUAACAAUGUCAAACGGAGCAUAUAAACUUUAUUAAUAAAAAUAUUAAUCAAAGUACCACCGACAACAGAAAAAUGUCCCAGCGAGGAUUAAAUAAUUUUUUUAAUACACAGAUAUCUGUUUCCGAAGAUAUUCACAUAACAAUUGUAUGAACCAAAUACGCGCAAAGUAAGAAAAAACACCUUCUUCUGCAAUUUUUCUUACAUUAAAUUAUCAUAUAAUCAAAACACAUAGCACAACAUUUGAAAGCAAACCCAUCUCAAUUUUUAGAGAGCAAGUAAGUUCAUAUCGUUUUGCGGCGAAUCGAUUUAGUUCGCAACGAGUAGCACGAGCCAAAAUUAAAUUGUCUAUUUAAUGGCGACCGAAUCUCCUCGUUCCUGAAUGUUUGUGAAUAAUGUAUUAAGAUUUUAACUGAGUAUCAAUUAUAUAACAAACGAAUAUGCCUAGGUUUAUACACUUAUAUAUACGUAGCAUCGAAGGUGCGAACCCUAUAUAAUAGGAAGAAAAAGAAUGGAACACAAGAAAAUUACGCGGAAACGCAAUCGGGUGUACGGCCAGCGAGGAUUAAAUAAUAUUUUACGAGACCGCCCCGCCAAAGAGUCGCGUAGCUCAGUUCUCGUCUUAAUAUUUAUUCAGAAAUUUGCCGACCUCGCGCGAUUUUUCGCCACCGUGUGUGAAAUAUUAAUUUCCCCUCCUGGUCGUUCCCCUCUUUACACGUUUCGUAUAAUUUAACAUUACAGCAUCUCCCCCCGUUUCUCAUUGCUCCACAUUGACUCCAAGUCCCCGUGCCUGUUCCCCUCCGUCCUUCGAGCAUCAAGCUAACAAUAAGUAUCAGGACUCAACUGCUCGAUUAAUUAUCUGUAAAUAUAGUGUUGUAUCAUGACUCAUAAUAUUUAUGAUUAAGCUCGAGUGUAUCCAGGUUUCCAAUAAAUAAUAGAAGAAGA